UUGCGUGUACGAUUUGCGCUUUAUCGAUAUUGUAAAUAAAAUUAUAAUAGAAUAUAAAAUAAUAGGAAUACAAGCAUCAAAGUAUUACUAUGGAUAAUUCUUACCUAUCUAUAUCAGACAUAUUAGUCACUAAUGAAAGGGUCCCAUGCAAAUUUUUACACGAUUUGCCUAAAAUGGGAUUUUUGGACCCGUCAGCCGCCGAAGAUGACCUUAAAGCUGGUUCAAACCUUGACGUGCCGCUGUGGUUAGCAGAGGCGUUAAAUUCGAGGAGGCCUCCCUUGCUUAACGUGGACCUGCCUAAAAUAUAUAAAGAUGCUUACAGGGAAAUUCUUAAUGCAGAUGCCUGUACAGUGGACAUGCACAAGCUAGGGCCCCAUUUCUACGAGCUUGGGUGCUAUGUGGCAAAACAUGAUAUAAAAGGCGAAGUAAAAUCUACAUUAAUCAAUACUUUCAGACAAAGAUUCCGUAUGCUGAUGGCUGCCAGUGUGUCCAGUGACUCGAUUGGUUCCAUCCAACCCUUAUCUGCUAGCGAGAGAAGACGCGCAGCAUCCGCUGCUGUUACAGAGAAGGCUCUGUCCAGCUGGCUACAGAGAGGAGACUGCCCUCUCACUACUGCUAACAUGGUAGCCAAUCAUAGGAAACGGAAACGAGCAGAGAUGGAAAUGUUGUAAAAAGAACCAAGAAGUAUUUAAAUAAAGUAAAAUUAUAAGUUUGUU